CCGCGACGAGCUGAAAUUCUGCGGAGCCGGAGUGGGACUGCUCUGUAAGGCACUCAGUGGUUUGCAGAGUGAUAGCUGCAGACAGAACUCCCUGCCCUGGAUAAGGAGCAGCUACAGUCGCUGUAAAUGUGCCUGAAAAGCAAUUUCCAAUCUUUGCGUUAGCAGGCAUUUCGGCCGUGGAAGAGGAGGGUCGGAGGACUGGGAGUGAGCGCUGCCCGGGAGACGCUGACUGCCAGCACCGGAGUUCCCGGGGACGCCGUGCCCCCACUUGCCCGGCGUGCGGGAUCGGGAAAGUGCCUGGACCUGCGCGGGGGGACCUGCGCCCCGCCUCCUCCCCGGAGGAGAACCCCCAAACCUCGCUGCCUUCACCACCACCCCUCAAAAAGCCGGUAAAAAAAAAAAAAAAUCCCCCCCCCAACCCGCGGAGAGCGGCGGCUCGGCCUCGCAGGCGUGUGCUCCCGCUUGCCUGCGCGGCUCCGUGACCCGCCCGCGGACGCCGGUUCGAGCCCCGUCCCGGGCGCCGUAGAGCCUCGAACGUCCGUGACGUGGAUUUUCACGCGUCAGGAGGCCGCCACUCCCGCCUUUCCCGCGAGGAGCGACUGGAACCCGAGAAGAACUCUGGUCCGAGCACGCACCCUUAUCCCCGCCGCUCCCUCGCUUGCUUUCCGGAGAGACCCGGAAAGCCCUCCCGAAGGGAAUUGUUUUCUGGUUCUCGGAGGGGGCUGCAGGAGAAGAGCCCCGGAGGUGGAUGUUACUGAGCUGCGCGGCGCACGCGAGCUGUGAGGAGUCUACGCCCGGCCGCGCGGAGUCUCCGGAGGCUUGCCCCCCGCAGCCGGAAGGGGGCCGCGGGGAGCGCUCCUGCCCGGCGGGGACGGUGGAGGCCGCGGGCCGACCGGCCGCAGCUCGGGCCAUGCCUCCCCGUUCUCCUCGCCGCGGUUGAUGCGGGGCGUGCACGCAGCCGCCCGCACCGGGACCCGGGCUGGGUUGCACGGCUUGGCCCCCCGCCCCCGCUUCGGCCUAGGAUUUCAGAUGCAUGCCAGGUUUCCACUGAUUGCCAGAAUUCAAGAUCACUACACAUGGAUCCCCAAAAUCAACAUGGCAGUGGCAGUUCAUUAGUUGUGAUCCAGCAGCCUGCCUUGGAUAACCGUCAGAGAUUAGACUAUGAGAGAGAGAUUCAGCCUGCUGCUAUUUUGUCCUUAGACCAGAUCAAGGCUAUCAGAGGCAGCAAUGAAUACACUGAAGGGCCAUCAGUGGUGAAAAGACCUGCUCUUCGAACAGCCCCAAGACAAGAAAAGCAUGAAAGGACUCAUGAAAUCAUACCAAUUAAUGUGAAUAAUAACUAUGAGCAUAGACCUACCAGCCACCUGGGACACGCAGGACUCUCACAUAAUACCAGAGGCCCCAUAUUGAGCAGAUCAACCAGCACUGGAAGUGCAGCCAGUUCUGGGAGCAACAGCAGUGCCUCUUCUGAGCAGGGGCUGUUAGGAAGGUCACCACCAACCAGACCAGUCUCUGGUCACAGGUCUGAAAGGGCAAUCCGGACCCAGCCCAAGCAACUGAUUGUGGAUGACUUAAAGGGUUCCUUGAAAGAGGACCUGACACAGCACAAGUUCAUUUGUGAACAGUGUGGAAAGUGCAAGUGCGGAGAAUGCACAGCUCCCAGGACCCUGCCAUCCUGUUUGGCCUGUAACCGGCAGUGCCUUUGCUCUGCUGAGAGCAUGGUGGAAUAUGGAACCUGCAUGUGCUUGGUCAAGGGCAUCUUCUACCACUGCUCCAAUGACGAUGAAGGGGAUUCUUACUCGGAUAAUCCUUGCUCCUGUUCACAGUCACACUGCUGCUCUAGGUACCUGUGUAUGGGAGCCAUGUCUCUGUUUUUACCUUGCUUACUCUGUUACCCUCCUGCUAAGGGAUGCCUGAAGCUGUGCAGGGGGUGUUAUGACUGGAUCCACCGCCCAGGGUGCAGAUGUAAGAACUCCAACACGGUCUAUUGUAAGCUGGAGAGCUGCCCCUCCCGGGGUCAGGGUAAACCAUCAUGAUCUUUGGAGGUGGGUUGGACCUCCUGAACUUCUAGCUUUCAAGCUGUGGCUGUUAUGAAAAGAUCCUGUUAGAUACUGGUUUUAUUUUCUUCGCAGUUUUUCCCUGUUUCCCAUAUUCUCUCCCCCUCUUCCCAAGGUUUGACUCAUGGAUUUUACUCUUCUCUAAUGGAUGAUCUUCAGUAACAGUGAACUGUGAAACUGCACCUGGCUCCCCCUUAUGACAAGAGCCUCUGCCAUCCACUCGAGAGGAUAUUGAGAGCCAGUGGGCUUUUGUGUAGCCUUUUUGUUCUGCAAGCAACUUUCCAAAGUUGUACACAUGAACAUACCCACACACACACCCAGACUACAGUGACUUAGAGCUGUUUUUGAUUGGGUACUCUGGGAGUAGGGAAAUUGGUUUUUUAAAGAGGCAACCGUUUAAUUGCUUAAAUAAGCUAUGUAUUAAAUCUGUCUCCAGUUAGGGCUGUCUUCAUAGCAUUGGACCCUUAAGUAGCAAGGGGGAUAUGUUUCUGUUAUAACAUUUAAAUUCUCCUUUAACCACUGCCCUCUCCUUCUUGCCCCUCAACGUGCUCUCCCCUCAGUUUUGGCAUUAUCUUAUUCUAGAGAUGCCAGUUUUGUUUUUUGGGUUUUUUUCCCGUGUAAUUUUAGAUUCGCUUUACAAUGUAAAUCUUCACAUUGGAGAUAUAUUAGUUGUAUCUUGUUCAUCCUCGUUCAAAGCUUUCAUAUUUGUGAAGGACUCGGCUCCCUUCCUUCCGUACCCCACGCUUUUCACCAAAUUACUCUUGUCACUGAGGGCACUUGGAUGACUGAAGUUGAUAUUUAUAGCUGAUCGAUCUAUACAUGUCACAGAACUAUGCUGCCUAAAGUGAUCUUGGCUCCUUAAUGGUUUUUGGACCCUUUGGUUAGUUAACAGCUGAGUAGUUCUAAUCUUUUCUGUUUUCAUUGCCUUAACCACAAAUUGUGGUGCUUUUUGUAUAUUUUAUGUAUAAAUCACAAAGUUGAAUUCUGACUAUUUUUAAGACAAAAGUCUGUUAAACUUUUUUAUUGUAAAGAAUAUUUAUUAUGCGAAUCUAUUAUUUUAUGAUAUUUAUUGCAAAAACCGUUGAAAUGUACUCAUGUCUGAAUAUAACAAAAUAUCAAUACAUAACGGAAGAUAAGGUGACACGAAGAAAGUACAUAUGUUAACUAUAAUGCAGAAAAUAUAUUAAUUAAUGAACCUGUCUCUUGAUUUCUUCAUUUAUUAUCCUGUACUGUGGUGGUGAUUUUUGUCAUUUGCUUCGACUCUUUCGUCAUGCAUACCCAUUUUCUUUCUUUCCCUUAACAUACCAAAUCUAGAUGCAAGUGAGCUCAAAUUUUGAACUAGAUGUUUCUUGGAAAAUGCAUUAAUCAAGAUUUUGUCAUCCCAAUUGUGUUUCAACAAAUGCCUGAGUAAAUCACUUUACAGAGUGAAAAAACUUUUUUUGUAAUUAGUGUUAACAAUUCCUGCCUCUUUUGGCUAUUUUGUAAGCAAGGGGUUUUGUGUAUGUCGUAGUUUCUUGCAAUGGGACGUAUUUGUAAGUUUUAAAAAAUGUUUAUCUUAACUCUCUUGGAUUAGUCAGAAAUUAGUUUUCAUCUGCAAAACUUAAAGGACUUAGUUCUGUAGGCAUGCUUGGAGUCUCUGGCACUGUCACUUUAAUAAAACAUUCUAAAAGUUAAGAGUGCACCAAGGGAAUAGUUAACAUUAUCAAAGAGAUGUUUUAAACACAUUCCAGUCCUUACCUUUUCAUUUCGUUUCAUAAGUCUCUAAUGUGACCUGAUCAAAUAACAUUUUGUCAUGUUUUAUGGAAUAAGAAAUCUGAGGGCCCUGAAACUUUAUAUAAAGAAAGUAAAUAUUUUUAGUUUUUAGUCUGCUGAAGUCACGACAUGGUUAGAACCUUUGGGUCUGAUAAAAUUUUGUGCAUGUGACCCCUCAGACUCAGUUUCACGAACUCCUCCCUACGCCUAAGUGAUGUGUCAAAGCUGAAUAAUCUGCAUUUGAGAAUAAGAUGUUGACAUAAUAUGAGCCCAGGAUUUAGACUGUCAAAACUUACCCAGCUUUUUUGUUUUGGUUGUCUCUUUACAUGAUUUGGCUACUAGUUUUGGAGUACUUACUCUUUGUAAAUAGGCUUUGAUUUUGGUUUAAUCUGACAAGACAUAAGUGGUAGAAACGUGUUUUAAUGCUUUUCCAUCAAGCCACUAACCUAUUAGUUGGCAUUGUGACGUUUGGUAUAAUCAAGUAUUUUCUCUGUGCUCUGAAAGCAGGAACUUUUUUUUUUUUAAUGAGUAUUUGUGUUUUGGAGGCCAUUUCA